AUGCGUGUUUCUGGCCUCCUCCCUCUCGUCCUGGCCGCGGCUCCGGCCAUGGUUUCGGCCCGUGGUACUCUGGGCUUCUCGCUCGGUGACAAGAAUGCCGACGGCACCUGCAAGUCCACCAGCGACUAUGAGUCCGACUUCGACAGCUUGAAGAACCUGGCCACCCUGGUCCGCACCUACUCCGGCACGGAGUGCGACACCCCGCAGAACAUCAUCCCGGCCGCCAAGAACAAGGGCUUCAAGGUCGUCCUGGGUAUCUGGGUUGGCGCUCAGGACAAGAGCGACAUGAGCACCAACGAUCCCUCCUUCCAGAAGGACUUCGCUGCCCUCAAAAAAACCGUUCCCGGCAACGAGGACGUGGUCGAGGCCAUCACCGUUGGAUCCGAGACCCUUUACCGUGGCGACUUGACCGGUCCCCAGCUCCACAACUACAUCUCCGCUGUGCAGAACCAGUUCCCCACCGUCACCGUCGGUACCGCCGACAGCUGGAACAAGUUCGCCGACGGCACUGCCGAUGACCUGUUUACCACCAACACCGAAGCCAACCCCAUGGUGACCUACGUUCUGGCCAACGCCUUCGCCUACUGGCAGGGUACCGUCGCCGACAAGGCCUACCAGACCUACUUCGAUGACAUGUCCGGUGCCAUGUCGCACAUCCAGGAGGUUGCUGGUGCCAACGCCGAUAAGAUCCGCGUGAUCAACGGCGAGACUGGCUGGCCCACCGAUGGUGGUUCUGACUACGAGGCUGCCAAGGCUGGCACCGCCAACGCCGAGACAUUCUGGAAGACUGGUGUCUGCGGCAUGCUCGCCUGGGGCGUCGACCUGUUCUACUUCGAGGCCUUUGAUGAGUCGUGGAAGCCCAACAGCGUCGGCGACAACGGCCAGGCCAUGGACGAGAAGCACUGGGGUCUGUUCACUGCUGACCGCAAGGUCAAGUUCGACACCAGCUGCCCCAACUAA